AGAGAGAGAGAGAGAGAGAGAGAGAGAUUUGUACAGGGGAGGGACAGACAUUCUCCAGCCGGGGAGUAUAGCCUCAGUCUGGGCAGCCAUGAGCAGCAGAAACGCUGUCUGCCUCCCCAUCAGCGCCACCACCACCCGUCUGCAUCCCGUUUUGGACUAGACAUCCCGUGCUAUGACACUGUCUACGAGCAGGAGUUGUGUGUGAGUGAGUGUGUGUGUCAAUCGUGGAGCAAAUAAAAGCCAAGACCUUGCGGCAUUAAAAGGCAGCAUCUUCGGCCCCCCACAACGCGAACAGGGGAGCAGAGCAGAGGAGCGAGAGAGGGGAGUAGGCUGCAGAAGGUGGCAUGGAGGAGAGGUGUGUGUGUGUUUCUGCGCGGAGGCAGGGCAGUGGGAUGUGGCGUCUGACGGACGCGGAGAGAUGCUGUGAGCUCUGAUAUUAGCAGGCAGCUGCGCACCGAGCCGCUCUCUCCCCUCCCUCCCCUCCACGGCAGCGCUCCUCGCACCGACCAUUCGCUGAAACCCGGGGAAUCGGCUCUACACGGCUCGCUGUGCUCACUACCACUGGCGUCCUGCACGGGGAUUUGACACAACCAGAGAGAUGUCCUUUUUCUGGAGGAAGGCCACUGGAUUUAAAAGUAUUAGUGAGUCUCUACGCGGACUGUGGUUUUAGGGAUUGUGAGCUGGGCUCCCACUGUCAAGCACAGGCUGAUUGUGCUUGGCUCACCAGCUGUGAUCUCAGCCAGCUUCUUUCACUAGAUGAUAAAAAACAGUCCACAGGAUUGCCAUCCAUGGUUUCUGCCCUAAUACAGACUAUAUCAUCCUACAUUAAAAAGAUUUGCAAAGGAAUGUUUACAAAGAAAUUGGCAAACCCAAUAAAGAAAAAAGAGAGAAGUGAAAAUAAAGAGCCCAAAUUGACCACUGAUUUGCAAGCACACAACCUAACUCUCUCUACCACACUAAAGACUACAGUUAAAAAGAUUUCCAGAUGCUCUUCGGCACGUAACAUAUCGCUUGAAGAAGACGACGGAAAGAACGACUGCUCAUCCCUGUCACCCACUUUCAGUUAUCGUGUAGCUAUUGCAAAUGGACUCCCGAAAAACUCUCUUUGUUUGAAUAAUAAUGAAAGUAUCUUUCCUGAGGUUCUUUCGAUUGAUAGUAGUUACUCUGACUCCUUGAGUGAGACAAAACCUGUCAGGAGACUGGAUGAGCAUAAAUCACACACUAUGCCAGUAAGACGAAACAGGAAGAGCCUCAUCAGUUUGGCUCCCUCUGAUGGCAGUUCUGAGGGUGAACGAGUGGAACGCUCCAGUCUACACACACUUAGGCUGGGGGCUCUACGCAAGUUAAGAAAAUGGAAAAAGAGUCAGGAAUGUGUCUCCUCAGACUCCGAGGUUAGCAAUUGGAGAAAAACCCUGGGCAUCCGGAGCAAGUCCUUGGACCGUGCUGGACGGCAGCAAAAAACCUCGACCCUGGAGCCUGGCUCCUCCUCAACAGGUUGCAUCAGUCAGACCCAGGAUGUCAUGGAGAUGAUAUUUAAGGAGCUUCAGGGAAUCAGCCAGAUAGAGACAGAACUGUCUGAGCUACGUGGCCAUGUAAAUGCCCUAAAAAGCUCCAUUGAUGAGAUCUCCAGCAGUGUGGAAGUAGUUCAGAGUGAGAUUGAGCAGCUUCGCUCAGGAUUUGUCCAGUCUAGAAGGGAAACACGUGAUAUUCAUGACUACAUAAAACAAAUUAGCCACCAGGCCAAUAAUUCAACCUUGCGGUUCCUCAAUGUUCCUGAAGAUAAGUCAGAGAAAACAGAGAGUCUAAUAUAUAAAAUACUAAAAGACAAAAUGGGUUUCAUUGAUGCCCAUAAAACAAUUAAAAUUGAGCUUGCUCAUAGGUUAGGACAACAAAGAGAAUGUUCUAAUGCAAAACCCCGCCCUAUUAUUGUUAUUUUUGCAACACCCCAAGAUAGGGACGUAGUCUUGAAAAAAUGCUAUAAACUUAAAGGAACAGGCAUUACAGCCACUACUGAUAGCUUAACUCAUGAUGGAAAGGAGAGAAAAGACAAAACAAUGGCUUCCUCACAAACCUAUGAAAGCAUGGAUAUAAAGGUCUCAGGAAAGGAUAAAGUAGUGGAGAGCGAUGACUGGGACUCAAUGGACAGUGAUAAAGAAUUAGAUGAAUUAAGUAGAAAUAAAUAUGCAAUGGUGAUAUCAAAGCCUGUUCACAAGAGCAAAUCAGAAAAGAGGCGAUCCCACGACCAUAGGCGGUCAGGAGAUGAAGCAGGCUACUCAGGCGCAGUUCACUAUGCUGAUGACUCUUACUAUGACCCAGACAAGCAUGCAAAGGCUUACUACUCUGAUUUGACCCCUGGUUGGCUUUCCCAGAGUGACUAUUCCACCCCUAAACUCAGCCGCUCUGAGUCUGACUGCUCAAAACUUUGCCAGUCAUACUCAGAAGACUUUUCAGAGAGUCAGUACUUUACACGGGCUAAUGGCUGCUCCCUGCUGUCCUCCUCAGAUCAGGAACUGUGGCAGAGAAAACAAGAAGACAUGGCCUCCUCCUGGUAUGCUAGCCCCAGUCACCCACUCAGCCAUGAGAAUCAAACCUAUGAACACAAUGAGGUUGAGACUACUGAAACUAUUGACAGUGGGGUGAGCAAUGGACUUGUCUGCAUGUCUGGGGACAGAAGCCACUACAGUGGCUCCCAGGUCUCACUGCAAGGUGACCUAUCACCCUGGAAAGACUGGCAUCAUCUGGAGCAGGGUGCUGACUCUGGCUUAGAAGCCUCCAUAGAGGUUAGCAGUCCCUUUGACCCAUCAACCAUCCCUGGUUUUCCAGAAAACAUCACUAAAUGUCAGGAGGUUGAUUUACAAUUUGAAGGAGAUGAGGAAUUCAUGAUGCUUGACAGAGAUUCCCUACCACCUAUAACCACCCACAUUAUUCCUCCCAUCACAGAACGGGAGUCUGUCAUCAAGACAUCUGCACGGCAGUCUAAAGAGGGAUGUAAGGUGACCACAAAAGAAAGCACGAAAGUGUCGUCUAAAGAUGCCCCUAAAGCAGCUGCUAAAGUGACACAUAAACAAACUAAAUUGGCACCUAAAGAAGAAACCACCAAAAUAUUGCCAAAGGAAAGCCCGAAGGUAUCUGCUAAGGUUGCACCUAAAGUGACCUCUAAAGCAGCUCCUAAAGAGUCACCUAAAGAUAUCCAGAAAUCAGCAGCUAAAGAAUCUUCUCAAGCCCUCCCUAAAGACAGUCCUAAACUCACACCUAAAGAUGCCACAAAACCCACUGUUAAAGAAGUAUCUAAAGUGACAUCCAAGGUAACUUCUAGUGAGGUUGCUAAAGUCACUCCUAAAGUGACCCCAAAAGAUAGCCCAACAAUGACUCCUAGAGAAAGUCCCAGAGAGUCACCCAAAGAGAGCCCUAAAAUAACUCCAAUUGAGAGCCCUCUCUCAACCCCUAAAGAGUCCCCAAAAGAAUCCCCUAAAGAGUCCCCUAAAGUCAUUGCUAAAGAGCCCCCACAAGUUGCAUCUAAAGAAGGUCUGAAAGUUGCUGCUAAAGAGGUUUCCAAAGAGGCUGCAAAACUACCCCCAAAAGAGGUCCCAAAAGAGAUGCCUACAGUAGCAUCUAAGGAGACGUGUAAAGUACACAAAAAAGAAGCCCCGCAGGUAGUUCCUAAAGAGAGUCCUAAGGUGCCCCCCAAAGAGACCCCUAAAGCCACCCCAACAGAAACCCCUAAAGUAGCACCCAAAGUAGCCUCUAAAGAUGCCCCUAAGGAAACCCCUAAAGCACUUCCUAAAGAAAAAUUCCCUGAACUGGAUGUCAAUCAUAGCUUUCACCAGACCCAGAAUAAGUCUUCAACUAUGUACCGCAGUCAGAGUGAGAUUCGAACAGAGAAGGUUGAGGAGGUUCCCAAGUCUUGGAGCAGUAGGCUCAGCAUAGAUCUCAGUGAGAAGUCCUUUGGUUUUGGCUUUGGCUCUACACUGCAGAGGGCUAAGUCAGCUCUGGAGGUUGUUUGGAAGUCUGGCUCUCAGACCCCUGCUCCUCCCGAGGAGCCCAGCAACUCCUCUUCCUCAUUUAUGGGGCGUUUCCGCACCCUCUCCACCUCCACUGCAAAUAACUCUAGUACUGCAAUAGACUCAGAUGUCUGCACAGAGCCUUUCUUCUACAAGUCAGAGGAAGAGAAAACAGGUGCAGAGGCAGGAGCUGGGGAACAACCAGUGGACAAUGAGACCCACUAUGUUGAAGUAAUGGAGCAGGUACUGGCUAACUUGGAGAACAGAACUAAUGCUAAUGAGACAGAGGAGACAGAUGAGCCUGAACACGAGUGUGAGACUUCUCAGGACUAUGAUGUGUCUGAUGACAUUGAUGCCUCUCAGGAUUUUGAGGCCUCUCAAGAUUUUGAAGCUACAGAGGACUAUGAGGCAAGUAAAGAGGCACGUGUUCUGGAGUAUGAUUGCAGUUUGGAUGAGCAGUAUGAUGAAGAGUACAGUGAGGACUAUGAUACCCAUCUCACUGAGGAUACUGCUGAAUAUGACGCAAUGGUGGAGUAUGUAGAUGUAGAGGAACUGGAUGAGACAGAGAACAAUGACGUGACAGAGGGUAUGGAAGAGGGUGAUGAGGAGUUAGAGGAGGUAGAGGAGAUAAUAGAGGAGGUCGCUCCUCUGAAAAAGUCUGAAAAAGUGGAGCAACAGCAGGAGGAUGAAAACAAAAAUGUUCCAGAGGAGAAGCCCACAGAGGCCCCACCCAAGAAACGCGUUCGACCCACAUUCAAGGAGGCAGCACUGAGGGCCUACAGGAAACAGAUGGCUGAACUGGAGCAGCAGAUCCUGGCAGGGGACAGCAGUGCUUUGGAUACACAGCCUCGCAGUCUUUUGGAUCCCAAAGUGCUCUGCUUGCAGUCUGGAGGGGCUGGCAGUAUUCUUUAUGGUAUUGACAGCAUGCCAGAUUUACGCCGCAAGAGGACAGUGCCUCUUGUCCGAGACCUGGCUUUGACCCUCACUGCUCGAAAGGCAGGCAUCUCGUUCGCUCUGGUGAACCGGUCCACCCUGAAUAAUGAGGACCUGAAACUACAUGUCUUCAAGAAGACUCUCCAGGCCUUGAUCUACCCAAUUUCAUCCACAACACCCCAUAACUUCGAGGUGUGGACGGCGACUGCACCCACAUACUGCCAUGAGUGUGAGGGGCUGCUGUGGGGCAUUGCCCGUCAGGGCAUGCGCUGCUCAGAGUGUGGCGUUAAAUGCCAUGAGAAGUGCCAGGACCUGCUCAAUGCAGAUUGUUUACAAAGGGCAGUGGAGAAGAGCUCUAAGCACGGGGCGGAAGACAAGACCCAGAAUAUCAUCAUGGCUAUGAAGGAGCGCAUGAAGAUAAGGGAGAAGAACCGUCCUGAAGUGUUCGAGCUGAUCCAGGAGAUGUUCCACAUCUCCAAAGAAGACUUCAGCAGCCAUCUGAAGACAGCCAAGCAGGCUGUGCUGGAUGGGACCUCCAAGUGGUCUGCCAAAAUCAGCAUCACAGUCAUGAGUGCACAGGGUUUACAGGCCAAGGAUAAAACUGGUUCCAGCGACCCCUACGUCACUGUCCAAGUGGGCAAAACCAAACGCAGGACGAAGACCAUCUUUGGCAACCUCAAUCCGGUCUGGGAUGAGAAGUUUUACUUUGAAUGUCACAAUGCCACUGACCGCAUCAAAGUGCGCGUGUGGGACGAGGAUGAUGACAUCAAAUCACGGGUGAAGCAGCAUUUCAAGCGCGAGUCAGAUGAUUUCCUGGGCCAGACCAUCAUUGAGGUUCGCACUCUCAGUGGAGAGAUGGACGUUUGGUACAACCUAGAUAAAAGGACUGACAAGUCUGCAGUAUCCGGUGCCAUCAGACUCAAGAUCAGCGUGGAGAUGAAAGGGGAGGAGAACGUGGUUCCCCCUCACGGCCAGUACACAUGUUUACAUGAGAACCUGUUCCACUACCUGACCGAGGUGAAGAACAACGGGGUAGUGAAGAUCCCGCAGGUGAAAGGGGACGAGGCAUGGAAGGUCUACUUUGACGACGUGUCUCAGGAGAUAGUGGAUGAGUUCGCCAUGAGAUAUGGAGUGGAGUCCAUCUAUCAGGCUAUGACGCACUUUUCCUGUCUGUCCGCCAAAUACAUGUGUCCUGGUGUUCCAGCAGUGAUGAGCAACCUGCUUGCUAAUAUUAAUGCCUACUUCGCCCACACCACCACCACCACCACAACCACUGCCUCCGCUUCUGACCGAUUUGCUGCCUCUAACUUUGGGAGGGAGAAAUUUGUCAAAUUACUGGACCAGCUGCAUAACUCACUAAGGAUCGACCUCUCUAAAUAUCGGGAUAAUUUCCCUGCAGGCAACCCAGAGCGUCUUCAAGAUCUGAAGUCCACUGUUGAUCUGCUGACCAGCAUCACCUUCUUCAGGAUGAAGGUACAAGAGCUCCAGAGUCCACCAAGAGCCAGUAUGGUGGUGAAGGACUGCGUGAAAGCGUGUCUGGACUCCACAUACAAAUACAUUUUUGAUAACUGUCAUGAAUUGUACAACCAACUCCUCGACCAGAGCCGGAAGCAGGACAUUCCCCGUGAGGAGCAGGGUCCGUCAAUAAAGAAUCUGGAUUUCUGGCCAAAACUCAUCACUCUCAUGGUGUCUGUAAUCGAUGAGGACCGGACGGCUUACACCCCAGUCAUUAACCAGUUUCCACAGGAGCUGAAUGCGGGCAAGAUCAGCGCUGAGAUCACGUGGAACCUCUUUGCCCUGGAUAUGAAGUAUGCAAUGGAAGAACAUGACAAACACCGCCUAUGCAAAAGUACUGAAUACAUGAAUCUUCACUUCAAAGUCAAAUGGUUCCAUAAUGAGUAUGUCCGUGACUUGCCGGCCUUCAAGGGUGUUUCGCCUGAGUAUUCUCUGUGGUUCGAGCCAUUUGUCAUUCAGUGGCUUGAUGAAAAUGAGGACGUUGCCAUGGAUUUCCUCAAUGGAGCACUGGAAAGGGACAAGAAAGAUGGAUUCCAGCAAACCUCAGAGCACGCCCUCUUUUCCUGUUCGGUGGUUGAUGUGUUCACUCAACUUAACCAGAGUUUUGAGAUUAUCAAGAAGCUGGAGUGUCCAAACCCACAGGCUCUGGCUCACUUCAUGUGCCGCUUUGCGAAGACUAUCAACAAAGUUCUUCUGCAAUAUGCUGCAAUCAUAUCCAAGGACUUUCCUUUGUAUUUGACUAAGGAGAAUGUGCCCUGCAUCCUCCUCAACAACAUUCAGCAGCUCCGUGUCCAACUGGAGAAGAUGUUUGAGUCCAUGGGUGGCAAACAGGAGGAGGGGGUUGUGUCCUUCUGUAAGCUGGAUGCAGAGGCCAGUGAUCUGCUAAAGGAGCUGCAGAAUAAGCUCAACACGGUGCUGGAUGAGCUCAGCGGAGUGUUUGGCUCCAGUUUCAAACCUGUGAUCGAGGACUGUGUGAAGCAGAUGAACCAGGAGCUGGUUCAGAUGAAAGGUUCAGCCAAAGGCAGUAACGCUGCCAUGGAUGCAGAGACUGUCCUCCGGCCUCUUAUGGACCUUCUGGAUAAAAAUUUGAUGUUAUUUGCCAAGAUUUGUGAGAAGACUGUGCUGAAACGAGUCCUUAAAGAGCUAUGGAAAAUCGUGCUGAACACCAUCGAGAGAACAAUUGUUCUUCCUCCACUGAAUGACCAGAGUCAAGGAGCUCAGAUGAUCUUCAAUGCUGCCAAGGACUUGGGACAGCUGUCCAAACUGAAGGAGCAUGUAAUUCGGGAGGAAGCCAGAAGUCUGACUCCACGACAGUGUGCAGCCAUGGACCUUGUGCUUCCCACCAUCAAGCAAUACUUCCAUGCUGGAGGAAACGGGCUGAAAAAAACCUUCCUUGAAAAGAGCCCUGAUAUGAAAUCCCUCAAAUAUGCUCUCAGCCUUUACACUCAACCUACAGAUGCCUUGAUCAAGAAAUAUAUAUGCACCCAAACCUCUCAAGGUCAGUCAUCCAACGGAUCGGUGGGGGAAGUGUCAAUGCAAGUGAAUCUCAUCUCUCACCCUGGCACUGGAGAGCACAAAGUCAGCGUGAAGGUGAUCGCAGUGAACAACCUCAUCUGGCAAACCAACGCCAUGUUCCGGCCAUUUGUAGAGGUCAACGCUGUGGGACCACACCUGGCUGACAAGAAGCGCAAAUUCAGCACCAAGACCAAGAAUAACAAUUGGUCACCAAAGUACAAUGAAACAUUCCAAUAUGUUCUAAGUAAUGAACAUGGUCCGGAGGCCUACGAGUUGCACGUCUCAGUAAAGGACUACUGCUUUGCCCGCGAGGACCGCGUCAUCGGCAUGACAGUCAUCCAGCUCCGAGAGCUGGCGGACAAGGGCAGCUGCUCCGCCUGCUACCCCCUGAUGAAGAGCAUCUCCAUGGACGAAACUGGCCUCACCAUCAUGAGGAUACUCUCUCAAAGGACCAACGAUGAGGUGGCCAAAGAGUUUGUGCGUCUCAAGACGGACACACGCUCGGUGGAGGAAGUGUCAUAAUGUGGAGCAAAAAUGCAGUAUUAAAAGGGUUGUGUUGUCUUAAGUGAGCGAUAAAGAGAAAAAGGAGACAGAGCAGUAGCAACAGUUGUUCUUUCUGGAUAGCUGGAGAAUGAGAUUGUCCAAAGAGAAGCGGAGGAGGUCCAAAUGUGGCAAGGCAGAAAGAGAGAGAGAGAGAGAGAGAGAGAUGUGUUUGUUUGUUUGUUUGUUUUUGUGCAUGUGCGUAAAACAUCUGUUGGAAUGUUCAUUUUAAAACUACAGUAUGUACAAGUGUUUACUUACCGUAUGCUUACUAUUAAGUACUAUAUUCUACGAGUUAUGUUAACGAGACAUGAAAUACCUUUUGUACAACAUUUAGUCUUUUUGAACAGAGACUUGUUCCAAUAAAGUGCCAAACCAGUGAAAAAAAGAACAAAACCAACAUAUAUGAAUUAUGGUGAACUUAGUAUGUUUGAAAUUUGCUCGAUUCUUUUGUCCAGUGUAAGUUAUUUUCUGACCAUGUGGCGUUCUGAUUGUUGCAAAGUCUUUCAUUUUGCACCCUCGUUUUUUGGCUUCACGUUCUUCCACACAGCACUGUUGUGCAUGUCCUCUUCUCGGUCAUGUCUCUCCCAUGAUUCCGCAGUGACCACCGAGCAGGGCCCUGUCCCCUUGCCUUCAAACUGUUUGUAUUUUAAGUCGACCUGAAAAUAGACCAUGUUUUUUUAAAUGGCGAUGACUGCUAUGUAAACCUUCAUAGGUGUUUGUAAUUUUAUAACCAUGACAACAAUGACGAUAGCCUCCAGUGCUAACAGUCUUAGCAAAAAGGAUGGAAAUGUUUUCUUUUUCUUUGGCUUUUUGUUCCUUUUUUUUGGCCAUCAGCUUCCAGCCUUUCUGAAUGACCACUGUGAACAUGAGCUUUGGAAGGCAAGCUUACAUGACAUUGCUGACAGUUUGAUAUUAUUGUUUCAUAUUUUUCCGAUAACUUUGUUCCUGAAACUGCCAAAGUUAUAUAAAAUAUUUGUACAAAAGCAAUCCAUUACAUGUAUGAAGAUACAUAUGUACAUGUUAUCUAUUACUUUUUCAAUGCUUAAUAUUUGAUUAUUUAUAGGGUGGUACUAAGAUUUUAUUUUUUUUAUUUCCUGUGAAGCUGUUAACCAAUAUGAAAGUUGCACAUGUUACUUUACACAUUAGUUAUAUCAGCUUCUGUCAUUUGAAUUAUUUUUCUUCAUAAAGGAAAGAGUCUAACAUUUGGUAAAUAUGCAACAUUCCUAUGUAUUGCACUGAUGGCGAAUUGUAUGUCAUGUAAAUAUAUUUAGUGAGAUAUUGUACAAAAGUCUACUUUUCUUCAAUGUGCAUAAAGUAUGUGCAAAUGUGUUAAAA